UCCGCCCCGCUUUUGACUCGGUGAAUGAAAGAUACUGGCGGUGAAUGAUCUGUCACCGUGUCGCGGGCCCAUCCCGAUCCUCACCAUCAGAUCCCGGGUGAUCGGGGCCGGUCCAGCUGGUCCUCAGAUCAUCAAACCCUUCCUCCUUGGCCCCUCCAGCACAACGAUUUCCGUGCGUCGCCCCGGGUUGUUAGGCUGCGGGAUUACAAGAAGGUGAAGGAUGUCGAUACUGCGGAAUGUUUGGUACUUGAACAGAGAAAGGGUUUCAAGGGCCAUAUUUGGCGCUUACUCUCUCCGAUCAUAUCGUGGUGAUACCUCUGAUGAUAUGACAGAUAUCAAACAGAUACCACUGCCUCCAUGGGAAGAGCGAACCAAUGAACCACUGGACACGAAGCGAGCACGUCUGCUGUAUGAGAGCCGUAAACGUGGAAUGUUAGAGAAUUGCAUCUUGCUGAGUUUCUUUGCAAAAAAGUAUCUGAAUGAAAUGACUGAGAAGCAGCUGAGUUUGUACGAUAAACUGAUCAAUCAACCAACCAACGACUGGGACAUUUACUACUGGAUGACAGAAACAAAGCCUACUCCUCCUGAAUUUGAUACUGAGAUAAUGACUUUGCUGAAGGAAUUUACCAAAAAUCGUAACAUGGAGCAUAGAGUCGGGCAGCCGGCACUCGACUACCUCUUUGAAGACAAAAAGUAAAAUGGAUUUAUUGUAUGUUGCUCAUACAUUAACUGUGGAUAUUCAAUUUUACUUUGGAAAUGCUAAUAUGUUUAGCAGCAUACAGAACUUCAUAUAGUCAAAUGUUACUUUGUGUUGGCAUUUAUAAAAUUGUUUUUUUAAGGUGCCUGAAUCGCAAUAUAUUUAUAAAUAUUCGAAAACUGAGCAACUGAAAUCAUCCCCAUUGAAGUGAGUCCUUGCUGAUCCUGUGUUAAGAAUUAACCUUCAUAAAUACCAUUGAACUGGAUAUUUUUUUGUGUUUUGCAACAAAAAAAAAAACUGAAGCAAGUCUUGAAAAUAAAUAUGACUAUUUUCUGAAAAUCUAUUUCAUUGAAAAUUGUUAAUUAAUGAAUAGUUUGUGUAUCAUGUGGCUAAUGUGCUACAAGUUACACCUAGUCAGUUCUCCUGAAUUAGCGAAACCUAAUAGGAGAAUAAGAUUGGAAUUAGAAAGCCUCCAAACUAUUUCUUCUCCCAGCGCACAUAAAAAAAUUAUGAGGGUGUGUGAAAACAAUAUCAUGGUUAGAUCUUUUGCACUCACCAUUACUAAAAUUUAGGGAGUGUAGAGGAUGGCGAGGAUUAUAAGGAUUUGUUCAUGAUACAUGAGGCCACGUUUUUCAAUAGAACUAGAUAAUUGCAAGAGAUUGAGGAAAAUAAAGUACUUAUCAUGAAAGUCUACACU